AUGACCGGUAUACUAACGCCAUCUUUUCACGUAUAUUACUCAAAGCAACUUAACCAGCUUUUUCGUUCCAUCAAAAUAGAUACAUGGCAACGUCUUACUUCACAAAAACAUCCAUUAUCGAUAGAACAGGCAAGUAGUAUCCAUCCCGAAGUGGAAGAUUUGUUAAAUAAGGCGGUUGGAAAUUAUAUUAAGCAAAAAAAGUGUCAGAAGAUGAAGCCUAUUACUAGCGACUGUGAAACUUCGUUAAGGCAAGAAAAUGAGGAGUUGUGUAUAUCAAAGCAGGUAUUGGAAAAAAAGAUUGAAGAGCUUCUCGAUUUGCAAGAACAGUAUAAGUCUCGUGAGGUAGCUAUGACCAAGUCUUUAGAGGAAAGUGGUGAGAAAGUCGCCAAAUUAUCAAAUUCGGUAGCUUAUUUCAAGAGUAUAAUCCCUGAUACGAAAAAAGCUCUUGCAUUGGCUGAAAAGUCUAUUGACCUAUUAGAGAAUAAAUGUCGGCAUUUGGAGGAUGUUAUCUCUGCCAAGGAUAGAAAAAUUAUCGCUCUUGUUGAUCAGAUUCUUUCUUACACGAAGUACAGUGAUGUAACUACAGAACCGGAAACGUAUUCCAGCAAUUGUGAAAGAGAUUUAUGGGCGAAACGACAUAGAGAAUCUGAAUAUGACCUAGAGGUUCAGAAAAAAUACACAUUUCGGGAUUUGGCAGGUAAAUGA